AAAUUAAAAAAAUCUGUUAUUUUUAGCAUUUAAAAUGACUGCCAAUUCAACGAGUCAUCUCUAUUAACAUGACGAGAUGUAAAUGAGAUCCGGUAGAGUUGUUAAACUUGAAGCAGCCAAUGUCCCAUUUAAAAAGACUUCCAAUCAAUUCUCUUCUCCAAACUACUGAAACAAAGAUGGGUGAAUUCAUCCUUGUCUCUGUCGUAGAAGCCGCUUUGUCGAAGGUGAUUGCUUUUGCUUCUGAUCUGCUCAAUUUAGCACUGGGAGGGGACGAGGACCUGCUAGAGUUUCGUCAUACAAUGAGGACGCUCCGAGGUUUCUUGCAAGAUGCUGAUGAAAAGAAUGUCGGUGAUGUCAGUGGCCACCCUGAUCUGAAGUCGUGGCUCCAGAAUCUUCGAGAUAUUGCAGAUGAGGCUGAUGAUAUACUGGAGGAGGUCGCUUAUGAAGGUAUGCGGCCGGAAGUUAAGAAAUCAAAGGCGUUUGACCUCUGCGCCUUGUUAUUUCGCCGGAAAAUGGCUAAUAGAGUUGAGGAUUUGAAUAAAAGACUUGCUGAUAUCAAUUCCUCGGCUCAUCAGUUGGGACUGCAACACAAACUUGCAAAUGUGCUUCCUGAACCCAGAGGCAGGGCAGGCCGAGAGACCCACUCUUUUCUUUCAUCUCAAGUUUUUGGAAGAGAGGAAGAUGUCUCUAAAAUGGUCAGCUUGUUGGUUGACUCAAGUAGUCAGCAUGAUCUCCCUGUCAUGAUUAUAGUGGGUAUGGCAGGUCUUGGCAAAACCACUAUAGCAAAAGCAGUGCUUAAAAAUGAAAAAAUACGAGAACAUUUCGGUGAUAAUAAAAUGUGGGUUUGUGUGUCUGAAAAUUUUGAUGUCAAAAAGAUUUUAAUGGAGAUGUUGAAGUCUUGUAGUGGAAGUAGCAGUGGUGAUGGGGAUUUUGGAAGCAAAGAUAUAGUGAUGAAGAAAAUACAAGAGAAGUUGGGGGAGAAAAAUUAUCUUCUCAUACUAGAUGAUGUUUGGAAUGAGGAGAGACAAAUGUGGGAGGAUUUAAGGGAUUGCUUGUUGGGAAUAAGUGAAAAGAAGGGGAGUAGGUGGAAGGUGCUUGUGACAACCCGGCUUGAAAAUGUUGCAUCACUAAUGGCACUUACCGAUGAACACAUCCACCGUCCCUGCCUAUUAAAGGACGAUGAGUGCUGGAGUAUAAUCAAGCAGAGAGCAUUUGGAAACAAUUCGGUACCUGAGGCGGUAGAAAGAAUUGGAAUACAGAUUGCUAGAAGGUGUAAAGGCGUUCCACUAGCUGCAAGAAUUAUAGGGGGUAUGCCGUUGAAUGAGUGGCAGGCAAUUAUAGAGAAUAGUGUUUGGGAUUCAUCGGAAAAGGAGAAGGGGAUCUUGGAUAUAAUAAAAUUCAGCUAUGAUCGCUUGCCCACACUGGCUUUGAAGCAAUGUUUUGCAUUUUGUUCCAUUUUUCCUAAGGAUUUUGUCAUGGAAAGGGAGAUGCUAAUUCAACUUUGGAUGGCUCAAGGAUUUCUUGAAUCAUCUGAAGAAAGUUAUAUGGCAGCAGAAGAUAUUGGUGACAAGUAUUUCAGAUAUUUGUUAUCAUAUUCCCUAUUUCAAGAGGAACGGAGGGAUAAUGUAACUGGGAGUGUUAAAUCUUGUAAGAUGCAUGAUUUGAUUCAUGAUUUUGCCCAGUCAAUUUCAAAAUUUGAGACGCUGAUUGUUGAGAAGUGGCUUGGAAGCAAUAUUUCUCAUGAUGUUAGACAUUUGAAUCUAAUUGAUGGGAGGGAAAUGGUGCCAACAAUUUUAGAAGAUGUUGCUAAAAAGUUGCAGACAUUGUUUUCCAAGCAUGUUUUUUCUAGUGGUGUGCAAGUGGAUCUUAAAAGGUUACGAGUUCUCAGCCUUGAUGAUGCUUCUGAUGCAAAACAAUUGCCAACAUGCUUUGGCAACUCGAAGAGGUUGAGGUACUUGGACAUUUCACGAACUCAAAUGAAAGAACUGCCCGAAUUUAUCUCCGAGUUGUACAAUCUACAGACAUUUAGAUUCACAAACUGCAAAUCUCUUCAAAUACCUCCAGGAGGAAUAGGAGAUUUAAUCAACUUGAGGCAUAUUUAUUUCAAUGAUGAAGAGCGUAUGCCUGCAAACCUUGGGAGACUAACCAACCUACAAACAUUGCCAUUGUUUUUUGUGAGUACAACAAAGGGACGUAAAAUUGAAGAACUGGGAAGCUUAAGAGGACUCAAAGGAGGACUACAGAUCCGUAAGCUUGAUCUUGUUGAAGGCAAAUCGGAAGCCGAGAAAGCUAAAUUACAUGAGAAGGCAGUUGAUGUGUUGCAAUUAUGUUGGAGAAAAGAAGGCAAUCGUGAUAUAUUAGAUGAAGAUGUUCUGGAAGGCCUCCAGCCUCAUUCAAAUAUAAGAAGAUUAAUUAUUGAAGGCUAUGGAGGUAGAAACUUGGCAUCAUGGAUGUUGAAGAGCAGUAAAGAAUUGUUGUCACUCAACAAUUUGGUGGAACUGAGAAUUGGCAAUUGCGGGAUGCUAUACAGAAUUCCAGGUAUUAAUGGGUUUUCUUCUCUUCAGAAGCUUUCUGUUAUAUGCUGUAAUGAAUUAACUAGUUUGGGUGAUGGUGAUGGAGCAGUACUUACAUCGUCGUCUCUAAAAGAAUUACACAUAUAUCAGUGUGGUAAGUUGAAAAGUUGUCCGGUUAGUGGAUUAUCAUCUCUUGAGCGGCUCUAUAUUAAAUGUUGUGAUGAAAUGACUAGUUUGGGUGAUAGUGAUGGAGCACUUACAUUGAUUUCCCUCAAAAACUUAUCCAUAACUGGGUGUAAUAAGUUAGAAAGAUUUUUGGUUAGUGGAUUAUCAUCUCUAAAGGCACUCCAGAUUUGGAAUUGCAAGGUGAUAAGUAGCAUAGGAGAUAGCCUAUCAAGCUCUACGUGUCUCAAACAAUUAUGUCUACGUAGGUGUCCUGAAUUGAAGUUUGUUCCAAGUCUAGAAGGACUUGUCUCUCUGAAAAUAGUAGAGGUGGACGAUUGUGAUGGAUUAGAGUAUCUGCCGCGUGGGCUUUCAUCCUGCAUUGCUCUAGAGGAAUUAAAGAUACUGAACUGCUCUAAUUUGGUUUCUAUUCCAGAAGAAUUGAAACAGUUACGAUCUCUUGUUAAGUUGGAUAUUCAGAAAUGUCCAAAAUUGAAGUUUUUUCCAAGUCUAGAAGGACUUGUCUCUCUGAAAACAGUAAAGGUGGGUGAUUGUGAUGGAUUAGAGUGUCUGCCGAGUGGGCUCUCAUCCUGCACUGUCCUAGAGGAAUUGGAGAUAUGGAAAUACUCUAAUUUGGUUUCUAUUCCAGAAGAAGUGAAACAGUUACGGUCUCUUGUUAAGUUGGAUAUUUGUGAAUGUCCAAAAUUGAAGUUUGUUCCAAGUCUAGAAGGACUUGUCUCUCUGAAAACGGUAAAGGUGGGUGAUUGUGAUGGAUUAGAGUGUUUACCGAGUGAGCUCUUAUCCUGCACUGCCCUGGAGGAAUUGAGGAUAUGGAAUUGGUGUAAUUUAGUUUCUAUUCCUGAAGAAUUGAAACAGUUACAAUCUCUGCUUGUGUUGGAUAUUUGUGAAUGUCCAAAAUUGAAGUUUGUUCCAAGUCUGGAAGGACUUGUCUCUCUGAAAACAGUAGUGGUGGAAGAUUGUGAUGGAUUAGAGUGUCUACCAAGUGGACUCUCAUCCUGCACUGCCCUGGAGGAAUUGAGGAUAUGGAAUUGCUGUAAUUUAGUUUCUAUUCCUGAAGAAUUGAAACAGUUACAAUCUCUGCUUGUGUUGGAUAUUUGGGAAUGUCGAAAAUUGAGGAGCUUUCCAGAGGAGAUCUUGAGCUCCCUUGCCAGCUUGAAGACAUUAAGGCUUGGCCAUCUCUCAGAAGAGCUGGAGGAAUUCCCAAAUUUGAGUUCCACUUCCACUUCCACUCCAACCUCCCUUGAAGACUUGUGUUUGGGUGGAUGGGGAAAUGUAACUCUGCCACAUCAAAUUCAACGCCUCAUUACUCUCAGGGACUUAACUAUCGAAAGCUUCAAUGGAGUGGAAGAAGCAUUAUCGGGAAACCUAUCUUUUCUUAAAACACUUACAAUUAAGGGUUGUAAUGGGUUAAGGCGUCUAUCAAGUGGGCUGUUAUCUCUUGAGAGACUCAGUUAUGAAAAUUGCCCUAAUCUGGUCUCUUUUCACAGAGAGUUGAAGGAAUUGCAUUCUCUAACCAUUUUAGGUUGUCCGAAAUUGGUGGGCUUGCUAAAGGAGAGUCUCGGCUGCUGUACUAGGUUGAAGAGAUUAGAGAUCGGCCGUUUCUCAGAAGAGCUGGAAGAAUUCCCAAGUCUGAGUUCCGUCCACGCCUCCCUUGAAGGUUUGAUCCUGUGGGGAUGGAAAAAAUGUACUCACCUCCCACAAAUUCAACACCUCACUGCUCUAAAGUGGUUGAAUAUAGACAACUUCAGUGGAAUGGAAUCUUUGCCAGACUGGUUUAACAACUUGUCCUCCCUUCGAGGACUUUAUAUUUGGUACUGCCCAAACAAGUUAAAGGAAAGAUGCACCGAGGGAAGCGGUCCUGACUGGCACAAGAUUUCUCACAUUCCAUACAUAGUAAUAGAUGGGAAGAUCAUCCAAUCCAAACACUGAGGCAAAGAGGUUUGUCUUCUCUUUUUUUCUCACAACUGCACUUAUACGAAUUCCAACACGAAAAAGCAAAAUCUCUCUCCUCAUCCUCUAUCAAUUAAGUUGAUUGAUGCUG